AGACCAGAACCAGAACCAGAACCAAGACCAGAACCAAGACCAGAACCAGAACCAGAACCAAGACCAGAACCAGAACAAAGACCAGAACCAGAACCAGAACAAGAACCAAGACCAGAACCAGAACCAGCACCAGAACUAGAGCCAAGACCAAGACCAGAACCAGAACCAAGACCAGAACCAGAACCAAGACCAGAACCAGAACCAAGACGAAGACCAGAAUCCGAACUAGAACCAAGACCAAGACCAGAACCAGAACAAAGAUCAGAACCAGAACCAAGACCAGAACCAGAACCAAGACCAAGACCAGAACCAAGACCAAGACCAGAACCAGAACUAAGACCAGAACCAAGACCAGAACCAGAACCAAGACCAGAACCAGAACCAAGACCAGAACCAGAACCAAGACCAGAACCAGAACCAAGACCAGAACCAAGACCAGAACCAGAACCAAGACCAGAACCAGAACCAAGACCAGAACCAAGACGAAGACCAGAAUCAGAACUAGAACCAAGACCAAGACCAGAACCAGAACCAAGACCAGAACCAGAACCAGAACCAAGACCAGAACCAAGACCAAGACCAGAACCAGAACCAAGACCAGAACCAAGACCAGAACCAGAACCAAGACCAGAACCAGAACCAAGACCAAGACCAAGACCAGAACCAGAACCAGAACCAAGACCAGAACCAGAAUUAAGACCAAGACCAGAACCAGAACCAGAACCAGAACCAAGACCAAGGCCAGAACCAGAACCAAGACCAGAACCAGAACCAAGACCAGAACCAGAACCAAGACCAGAACCAGAACCAGAACCAGAACCAAGACCAGAACCAGAACCAAGACCAGAACCAAGACCAAGACCAGAACCAGAACAAAGACCAGAACCAGAACCAAGACCAAGACUAGAACCAGAACCAAGACCAGAACCAGAACCAGAUCCAAGACCAGAACCAGAACCAAGACCAGAACCAGAACCAGAACCAAGACCAGAACCAGAACCAAGACCAAGACCAGAACCAGAACCAAGACCAGAACCAAGACCAAGACCAGAACGAGAACCAAGACCAGUACCAGAGCCAGAACCAGAACCAAGACCAGAACCAGAACCAAGACCAAGAUCAAGACCAGAACCAGAACCAAGACAAAGACCA